AUGAGGAAUCUUUGCUGGCUACUUGCUCUUCCCAUGGCAAUCCUGCCCCUGGGCUGCGCCAUUGUGGGUGCUGGACGGGAUCUCCUACUGACGCCCAAGCCAGGACAUCAGCUGACGGGCAAGCGACUCUUCUACGAGGAGCCGACCGAGGAGAGGGCCCAGAACCAGAGGCGGAUUCCCUUGGAGCGUCCCUGGGAGCGAACCCUGAAGCAUGUGACGUACGUGACCCUUUUCACGGACUCGGCGGUGGGCGCAGCAGGUGGAAAUCUCAGUCAGCUGCAUGAGUAUCACGACUUCCUGCAGACUCCCUAUGUGCCGGCGGAUGCCCAUGGUGGUGCUGCAUUCGGAGGAGGAGCGCCAUCCUCGCGCUUCGGUGAUAUCAUAACCCUGGCCAAGGGCUAUCUGGAGCAGCUGCCGGGACCGGGCAAUGCAUCCUAUCGCUUCCUGGAGGGCGGCACUUGCUUCCAGCUCAAGUGUCCCACCUCAAAUCCCAACCAGCGGCGAGCCUUGUGGCAGGUGCAGCGCAUUCGGCAUCGGGAUGGGGACAAGGGUCGUCACUACCACUACGAGAUGAAGUUCAGUGUGACGCCGCUGGACAACAAGGCCUGGCAGCCGCACCACCAGAUGAGCUACAUCCAGAAGGAGUCAGACUAUCCCGGCAGUUUCGGGCGAUUGACCCAUGAUCAGGGCUUCGCCCAGAGACGCCAGGAUAGGGAGAGGUAUGCUGCAGCAGCAGCAGCAGGAGCGGGAGCAGGUGCUAAUGCCGAGCAAUCGCAGGCCACCUUUGUCCAUGGUAUCUUUCAGCCAGCUCCGCCGCCCAAGCUCAACAUUGGUGAGUAUUUAAAGGGAUCCGUGCCUCAGGGUGGUCCAAAAUUAGAGCUUUUCCCGGGACUCUUUAAUCUGGGACUGCGUCCCAAUUACGUGGCCCCAACGACUUUCCGUCCCAACUAUCCGGCUGCCUUAAAAUUCGGCACUCAUCCGGAAUUGGAAAGAUUUCCCAGCCACCAUGGUGAUUUGGGUAGUGCCGGUCCUUUGGGUCCUGGCGAAGUGGCCUCCACUCCGGGUGCCGUGACCCAUCAUUUCCAUCAUCAUUUCUAUGUGACGCCUGGUGGCGGCGAUGCCCGAUUGCAUCCCGAGUUGGGCUACCGCUUGUCCAGCUCCUCUCCGCCUGAACAGACCACGCCAGCUAGCAAUCCAGCCUCCCAUUUAUAUCCCCAUCAUCAUACAGUCCAGUUUCCCAACUCCAAUUCGGGUUCAUCGGAAUCUCUGGAGGAGCAGGAGCAGGAUCUGCUGCUGCGUGCCCCUCAGAUUUACGGGCAGGCUUCCAAGUACCAAACAGCCAAGCUGCCACCCUUGCUAAUCUAUGCAGGCGGCAGUCCUGGGGAUGAGGACAAGUCCUUUGUGCAAAGCGAACCGCUGGAGGAGACCGUCUAUCGCUAUUCCGAGCCGGAUCCCCUGUAUGUGCACCAAAAUCCAAUCGAUGUACUGCAGGAUAAGCAGCCCCAGGAAGAGAAUAUCGAUAGGGGCCAGGAUGCAGGGCAGGAGAGCUAUCAGGAGCAAAACAGGGAUCAAAAGCGAGGGGAGCAGAGGCCAGUAAGCAGCUUGGAGCAACCGGAAGUGGUCACCACUGCAGCACCCACUACCCCAGAGACCCCAUCGCCCACCACCACUGAGACAACAACCACAACUGAGAGAACCACACACGUAAUCCCCACAACAAGUGCAAGUAGCUUCGUGUCCACCUCCACGCACUUCAGUCCACUGCGCACCAUAAGUAGAUAUCGGACUACACCCAAAAUAACAGCUGGUCGAUACACCACUACGACCACUUCCACCAGCACGGAACCGCCGCUGAGCAAGUGGGCCAAGCGGCGCAAGGAGCAGGACAGCAAGGCCAAGAGCAGUCUUCGCCACGAGGCCUUCGUCAGCACCACAUCGACCAGUACUAGCACCAGCACCAGCACCAGCACCACAACCACUACUCAAACUCCGCCUCCAACUACCACUGCAGCUACUCGUGCUCCACCACCACCGGCUCCACCCAAGGAAGUGGUGGAGGUGCUCACUCAGAAAUCGGUCAGCCGAUCUGUGAGCAUCAAGGUGGGCGAGAACGGCGAGGAAAUACCCAUCAUUGUGGACGACGAGGAGAACGAGGUGAAGCCAGUACCAAAUAAAUAA